CAGUGAAUCGCCAUUGUUUGGUAACUAUUCUCAACUUCUCUAACCUCUCUCUCGACAUUUUUUCCCUUACAAUUUAUCUUAUUGCUGCGUUUGUGAUACUGCGGUUGGAAUUGUUUUGUAACCGCAAACACUUUCACAAUGAAAAUGAAGUUUCUUGAUUGGUACUUGAAGAUUGGGGUUGCUUCGGCUUUGGUUGGAGCUUCUAUGGAAUUUUUCAUGGUCAAAACUGGCUUCUAUGACAAAGUAACAGUUUUGGAGUCAGAAAAGCGCGCGUGGGAGAAUUCCCCAGAUGCUCAGGCAGUUAGAGAUGCUCUCAACCCUUGGAGACAUGUUGAUCCAAAAGAAACAAACAAGUCCUGAAUCAAUUGCAUAUAGACUAGCUAUUCUGUUAUACUUACGAUGCUUGUCAUGGAACCGAUAGCAUCCUUUCAACAACUUCAGUCACCGCGGAAAUUAGUGACAUGCCUGCAAUUCAGGGGCAACUCUGCCAUGUAUUAUACAUACAACCUUCAUUUUAUUUUUAUCUGCUAUCUAGUUUUGGAUAUAUUGGAUUUA